AUGAGAAUGAUGCGAAAAUAGGUUUUUACUCUUUUGGAGGGAUACAUUUCUUUUACAUAAUCGUUCCAUAAGCAACACAAAGAACUUUUGAUGCUGACUAUUAGGAUUUUGCUGAUAAUUUGUGGCCUUUAGGAAUUGUAAUUAAUUUCUGGCUUAAACACGGACACAAAAAAGAUAUUCAAAAUUAUCUCAUAAUUUAUUAUAACGAAUUAUCUGAUCAUAAUCGAUAACUAACAGAUGCUUAUUUAUUUGGCUGUUGUGCAUCUAUUAAUAAAUAUUUUCUGUGUUGUGAUUGUGACAUUUUUUAAACAUUAUCAAAAUUGUUAGUAUAUGCUUGUAUUAUUAAUUAAAAUCUAGCAUUAAAUAUUGAUACUUCCAACUUGGAAUACCAUAUUUUAUUAAAUUAAUAAUUACCCAAGCGUAAAAAUAUACAUUCUAACUAUUUGUAAUUUAAUUAUGUAUGUUUAACAACUAUUAUGGAUGUCCAUUUGCAAAUAAACAUAACUAAUUGAUUUUACAGGCAUUAUUUACCAUCAAAAUCUAAUGGUUGAUAUAUUUUACGAAAUUAUCACAGUAUUGGCAAUUUUACUUGCUGAAAUAUCAACAGAUGCGAGUGUAGUGUUAUUUAUAAUUAAAUACUUGUCCAAGAUUUUAUUUCUAAAGAGCAUCCUCAAUAACAAUUCCACCUUUUAUUUAAUCUAUUAGGUAAUUAUGAUUAAUUUGAUCGUAUGUUUUGAAUUCAAUAUCCAAUUUAUAUUCGUACUUCCAAUACUAACGUUUUCGAUUUAUUUCACACUUAAUAUUCAAAAAAGAUUGUAUGAUUCGUAUUUACUUGAUCAGAAUAUCACUCUCCAGAAGUGCUAAUUAAUCGAAAGCCUAUUAUACAAUAAAUUUUAAUCCCAAAAAGCACUUAUCUAAAAGGCAUUGCUAAUAUCAAGCCAAUAAAGCAUUAAAACGAGAUCCAUGGAUCAAUUAAUACAAUUACUAUUAUCAAAUAAAAAAUAUAAAGACUCUUUGAUUGUUAAAAUACAAUGUAACUAUUCCUCUUAACUCUAUCCAUUAUAAUCAUUGAUUUAAUUUCAUUCUCAAUAUAAAAGUGAUAGCAUCCUUAGUAAAGCUUACCUCAAUGUGAUUACAAAAGAGAUCAAUAUCCAAUUAAAAAGAAUACAGGAUGCUUAGAUUAAGAAAGCUGAAAUCCCGAGAUUAACAAUAGCAGGAUUCCUGUUGGCAUAAUAUAAAAGUGUUGAAAGUUUAUCCUUUUUGGAAUCAACCUUAAAACAGAAACUCGGGUUAUUGGAAUACCUAAGACUUGGAUUUUCGUCUCACUCAAGAUAACAAGACAGGAUUAUUCCCUAUGUGAAAGCCAUAUCAGAAUGCAAAAUAUUGAUUCAAUAGGAAUAUGAUCUAGAAAAGAAUACCAUCAUGGGCUAACAGUAUUCUGACAUUCUGACCUUAAGAAUUUUGCAAUUAUACUUUGGAAUCAUCAUGGUAAAUACAAAGAAGGCAAUAGAAAUCGAAAAGAUAGUUGACGAAUUAUUGAGAUAUGAUAAAUAGUUUAAUGAAUUCACAAUUAAUAAUCAAAUUCUUCUUACAAAUAGAUCUAUGAUUAUUUAAACAAGUUUAAUCCACGAUUAAGGUUAAUUAUUGAACUAUAAUAAGGAGUAAGCUUCUCAGUUUUUUUCAUGUCCUUUAGAAGCAGUAGGAAAUUACAAAUACAUCUAUGAUUUUAUGCCUGACUACAUUGCAUCCUUGCACGAUGAACUAGUCAACAAAUUUUUAGAAAAGGGAAAAUCUAAACUAAUGCAAACAGGAUCUCUAAUUUUUUUGAAAACUCCUAAGAAUUUCAUAUAACCAGGUUAUUUGCAUUUAUAUAAUCCUUUGAAAAUGGACGAUAUCACUUUAUACGCUAUAAUAACACAAUACUCUUAAUAUUUUGAAUACAUUGUCUUUGAUUAGGAUGGCAUAAUUAUGGGAGUUACUCAAAAAAUAUUCAACUUUAUGGGGGAAUUGAUAUCUGAAAAUAAUUAAAAGCAUUAUAGACUCCAAGAUAUUGUUGAGAAGGGAGGUCAAAUUCUUCAUUAUAUUCAAUAAAUACCUCAAUAACUAAAAUAAUUGUAAGAAAAUAUUUAAAGUUCACAAAAUUACUAAUUAAUAAAUGUCAGAUCUUUUUGGGAAUUUCCAAACAAUAAUAACGACUGUAUAGUUCAAACUUAGUUUCUAAUUAAUCAAAUGAAACUUGUAAAUCAAAAAGCUGAGCAAGAAGAACUAAUUAAUGAAUAUACAAUUGAUAAUAUCUAUGUCAAUUUGUUGGAUCCUAACUUUCAAGAUAAAUUCUUUCUCAUUUUAAAUAAUAGAACAACCUAUAAAUUUAGUGAAGUUAAACAAAGGAUUGAAAUGGCUUAUACUAUUUAAAUGACCAAAAUUUACAAUAAGAUUUACUUUUUAUUAUAAAUAUAAGAUUAUAGGUUGACAGAUGCAGCUAAUACUUUGAUCUCAACUUCUUAAAAUAAAUCUGCUGCCAAAACCUUAUCAUUAACUAUGUCAUAUUAAUUAGAAUAAUAGGAAUCUGACUAAAUCUCAUCAGAAGGACAUCAAAUUAGAGAAAUUUAAGUUUUUAAUAAUCUGCACCAAUAGUUGCUUGUAGAAAAGUUGCUGUUUGAUGAUCCAGAGAUAGAUUAUGAAGGAGUUUUAGAUAAAAAUUCAUCAAAAUAAAUGAAUUUUAGUCAAAAUUAGUCAAAAACACCUUUCAUAUUGACGUAGAGACAAACACACAGGCAAUUACUUUCUGGUUAAUAAUCAUUCAGAGGAUCCAUGUAGAAGACUGAAUUUGUUUUACCAUAGUUAUCAGUUCAAGAAUAAGUGAAUAAGGAUUACGAUAUUUUAAAUCAAUUAGAAAGAGAUAUGGUAGAAAUUUCAAGGUUUAAACAGGACCCAAUAUAGGAGUUUGCCAAUGAUAAUAAGGGUGAAAAUGAUAAUGCUGAUUAUAUUUCAAAAUCAUUUUAAACUUCUAAGGAUAUUGACUAGAAUGAUCAUAAGUAAAUGAGUCAAAAAGUCAGUUCUCUUUAAAUUGAUUUAAUAAGAGAAAUAGUGGAUGCCAGUAAUAAUAUUCGAUUAUUGGCAAAUGCAAAGACUUUAACGUGGAUAUUGGAAAUUUUAAUUUUAAUAUAUAUCGUCAUAAAUACUAUAUUGGUUUAGAAUCAGUUUUCAGAAUUCAAAGAAUAAAUAUAUGAACUGAAGUCUAUUUAGACUUUAAAUAAAAUUAUAGUUUCUAACUAUCAAUUAAUAUAGUCUACCUAUUUAUAGGGAUUAAAAAUUUAUACCUUAAGUCCUUAUUUGUAAGAAUCGCUAAAUUAAAGUCUUUCUGAAUCGUAUUAAGCUGUAAUAACUGAUUAAUUAGAUCUAGAAAGAUAGAGUUGCAUCUAUCUUGAUAAAUAUGCAAAUGAUUCCAAUUUUGAGAGAUGUUUUAUUUAUUUUAAUCGUUUAUAGGAAAACUAAUUGUCUUUCUUAAGAAACAGAAUUUUAAGUAACCUCUCAUAUGAUUUUGAAUAAAUAAGGUAAACGCCUUCUUAUUUUUAAGAACAGAUAUUUUAUUUGAUCUACAAAUUUCUAAUAUACUCAGAUGAAUUUGUUUAACAAUUUGAAGAUAUUCAAUUGAGCAAUGUUUUUAUAGUAAUUCUAAUUACUGGUUUAUUGAUGAUCAUAACCAUAUUUACCUUUAUUUUUAAGGUAGUGUCAGCUAAAUCAAGUCUCAAAUCAAAAUUGGUUGCUCUACUUUAAAGAUUAACUUAGGAGGAAAUAGUUGAAUAGAUAGCGACUCUUACAAUAAUUAUUGAUAGUUGGAAAACUUAGUAAUGGAAACAAUAUAAUUUUUAUGAUUUGUGGAGUCAUAAAUAAAAUCAAUUCAUAAAAGAGAUUUCACCAACAAAAAAUAAAAGAAAAAGUGGAUCAAAUAGUAUUGAAAAAUCAUUUAAAGAGACUUUUUUAAUAUUUAUUGAAGCGUUGAUUUUAAUUUUUUUUAUUGUUUUCUUUGUUGGUGGAUACAUUUUACUCUUGAAUUUAUUUGAUUCAUAUAUACCAUCGGUUACUGUUAACAAACAAUUUUUAUUAUUCUAAUAGAAGGUUGGUUCGAGCAUUACAUUAGGAUAGAUUAUUAAAACUGAACCAUUAAUUAAUAAUUUUAGAAAUAAAACAGAAUAAUUCUUAAUUAUUUAAAAGUAUUUUGAAAUAAUUGAUCAAUUGCCAACUGUAAUUUUAGAUAUCACUGAAUCUAUAGUUUAAUAUGAUUUUAUUGAUUCAUCUUCGAUCAAUUAAAUUGUAGAUUCUUUCAAUUCAGAUUAUUGUUAGAUAUAUGAUUUACCAUUUUGUAUUGUAAGAUAAUUUUAAAAUGAAUCUUAUGCAUAAUUCUUAAAAGAAGGAGUAAAUGGAAUGAUUUAAAAUAUUUAUUAGUUUUCGAUAAGUGAAUUCGAAUCAGAGAAGUUAAAUGGACUAUUUGAAACUGAUUUAGAAUUGCUAAAAUAAACUAUCAGCUAAAGAUUAUUUGUUAACAUUUUUAUUUAAUAUGUUAUAGAUAUUUAACAGAUAAUUGACUAGAGUCAGGGAUUGUUAAUAGAUGGAAAUGAAAAAGCCAGUUAGUUAAUCAUUGAGAAAGUCUUAACAUAUUACUACGUCUUAGGGUCUAUUUUAAUGCUUUUCUUAUUCAUAAUAAAUGGUUACUUAAUUAAAGCAUCGGGUGUAGAAAUUAACUAAUAUAAAUAUUUGAUAUUGAUGAUUCCUGAAAACAAAUUGGAUAAUUCUGUAAUCAAACAAAAAUUAAUCAACAUAAGAACAUAUUUUUUUUGA